AGAUCUGAGUAUGAAUCAAAUUAGUGGUACUUUGCCUAGCAACCUCGCAACAAUGUUCCCAUCAUUAAAAGAAUUGAACCUUGGUAGUAACAAGCUAAAUGGGACAAUUUCUGAAGAUCUUCGAUUUCCAACAGAACUUGAGGAAUUAUCCUUGAUGUCAAACUCUUUGAAAGGUGUGUUAACUGACUCUCAUUUUUACAAUAUGACAAAGUUAGAGAACUUGAUAUUGUCAGAUAACUCGUUGACGUUAGAACUUAGUGAAAAUUGGGCUUCAACUUUUCAAUUGGAUACUAUUGAAUUGAGGUCUUGCAAGCUUGGUCCAUUGUUUCCUAAAUGGCUAGAGAAACAAAACGAAUUUGGAUACCUUGACAUUUCAAAUAAUGGAAUAUCAGGUACCGUUCCAAAAUGGUUUUGGACCAAAUUUGAAAUGUUAAAUUGGAUGAGUAUUGAUAUUUCAUGUAAUAAUUUACAAGGUACGAUUUCAAAUUUGCCAAUAGAGAAUCAUUAUUAUUCUCUUAGUCUUGCAUCAAAUCAAUUUGAAGGUCAUGUUCCGCCAUUUCUACGAGGCUCAAUAUCUCUUGAUGUAUCAAACAAUAAAUUCACAAAUUCUUUUUCAUUUUUAUGUUCUAGUGGUGUAGCUGAAUCUUUAUACCAAUUAGACCUUUCAAAUAAUAAGUUUUUUGGACAAAUUCCAGACUGUUGGACCCAUUUUAAGUCAUUGGCUUACUUAAAUAUGAGUCACAACAAGUUUUCAGGAGACAUUCCUUCUUCAAUGGGAUCACUCCUUCAACUUCAAGUUUUGUUAUUGAGAAACAAUAACUUAACAGGUAAAAUCCCUUCUAUCUUGAAGAAUUGCACACAGUUGGUGAUGGUAGACAUAGCAGAAAAUAGAUUAUCAGGAUNUAUCCCAAAUUGGAUCGGGAACAAAUUAUCGCAAUUGCAAAUUCUAAGCUUAAGAAGCAAUUAUUUUUGUGGGAGUUUACCGUUGCAAAUUUGUUAUCUAAAAAGCAUUCAACUCUUAGAUCUCUCGCAAAACAAUCUAUCUGGAAAAAUUCCUAAAUGCAUAAAAAACUUUUCCUCAAUGGCUCAAACGACUUCUUGGAGAGGUUAUCAAGAUCAUCGAUAUCUGGUCAACACUAAUUAUAUCUCAGGUAACCGUUCGUAUGAUUUGAAUGCAAUCUUGAUGUGGAAAGGUUCAGAACAAAUGUUCACAGACAAGGGAUUAUCACUUUUAAAAAGCAUUGAUCUCUCAAACAAUCAAUUAUCAGGAGAAAUUCCAAAAGAAAUAGAGGGUUUAUUUGGAUUGGUGUCAUUGAAUUUAUCAAGAAACCAAUUAAAAGGGAAAAUCCCUUCAAAUGUUGGAGAGUUAACAUCACUUGAAUUUCUUGAUUUGUCACAAAACCAACUUGUUGGUUCUAUUCCUUCAAGUCUUGCUCAAAUUGAUAGACUCACUAUGUUAGAUUUGUCACAUAAUUAUUUAUCUGGAAAAAUUCCAACUGGCACACAAUUACAGAGUUUUGAUGCAUCCAAAUAUGAAGAUAAUGUUGAUCUCUGUGGAUCACCAUUAAAGAAAUUGUGCAUUGAUGGAGUGGCAAGACAAGAACCAAUUGUUAAAAUUCAAGAGGAUGACAAUUUGAUUUUCAAUCGUGAAUAUUAUAUAAGUAUGACAAUUGGAUUUGUUAUAAGCUUUUGGGGAAUAUUUGGGUCAAUCUUGAUGAUACGUUCUUGGCGUCAUGCAUAUUUCGAAUUCUUAAGUAAUUUAUCAGACAGCCUCUAUGUGAUGACAAUAGUGAAAGUUUUGAAGAGACUACACACAACAUAGCAGAAGAAAUCUGGAUUAUAGGUGUGAGAAGAAAUGGAAUUAUUGUUUAAGAUGGAAAGGGUUGUGAGGAAAAAUCAGAGAAAAGAGGUACUUUACUUGGAUUUGGAGAAAGAUAAUUGAAGAAGGUUUUAUUACAUUUAUUUUCUUUAAAAGUUUAUUUCUUGUCUAUUUUUAUUUUGUAACGAUUGUUGAACUCCUUUGGGAUUGAGGAAGUGACAGUUAUCCCUUUUUCUAAA